AUGAAGGUAGCGCUGUCCUUCACGCCCACGCCGCCGCCCGAGGGAGCGGGGAGGGCGGUGGGCGUGCAGCUGCGGGUGAGGACGAGGGGCGCCAGGGACGGCCUCCUGAUCCAGCUGUCUUCACACCAUCGACGCGCCACCUUCUCCCUCCACAAGUGCGUCAUUAUAGCAUGUAUCCUAAGCAUCACGUCCGGAUGCGACUUCACUAAUAUCCACAUUUACGAGCUUUGCAACCCGCUUUCGGUGUCAACAGAUAUCCGACUCUAUUCCACGUCGCUGGCUUCUCUAACGCCUUUGUACCUUCCGAAUUCCAACCCUUGUCCGAUGCUCUGCCACGGAAAGCUAGACGGUGCACGUGUGCCUCCAUGGGCGGCGCGGGAUGGGCGGCCAGAGCGGCAUGCGUCGAGGGCCGCCCACUGGGUGACGGGGAGUGGCACACCGUGUGGGCUGAGCGUCACGGCCACAACCUGGUGGUGGGCGUGGACGACGGCGACGCAGGGAACGAGAACGCCUCCAUCCACUCUGCCUUCCUGGCACCUCCCUGACGGCGAGGAGGGCGGGGGGCCACUGCCGCCGGCGCCCGCGCCCCUCCUGGUGGACAAGCACGACGGGGUGACGGUGGGCGGGAUCCCGGAAUUCGUGGGCGUCAAUCUCGUCACAGUGCACGAUGAUCUGAGCGACACAUGUGUCGAAGACAUAAGAGUAUCUGGACGGCCCCUGCCUCUCCCCCCGGCAGUCAACGGCACUAGAUGGGGUCAAGUCACCACCUUAGAGCAUCUGGAGAAAGGUUGUGAUCCUCCCGACCCCUGUCUUAGGACCAACUGCAAUCCGCCUUUGAGCUGCCAUGCCAACUGGGACCGCGCCACCUGUAGCUGCGGUCCGGGCAGGCAGCUGGUGGGACGCACGUGCAAAGACGUGGACGAGUGCACGUGGCAGCCGUGCCUUCACGGAGGUACGUGCGAGAAUCGGCACCCAGGUUACGUGUGCACGUGCGGCCCGGAUCACGUCGGGGAGCAGUGCCAGUGGGCCAAGCUGCCGCCUCCCCAUGCCGCGGGAGGGCACCCUCUCACCGCGCCGGCUGCCGUGGUGGCCCUCACCGUGUCGGUUCUCAUAUUAGUGGUGCUCGGCGUGGUGUUCACUAUACGCCUCCACCGACGGCGCUCCUCCCGAGGGUGGGCUGGCGAGGACGGUGGAAACGGCGAAGGAAGACUGAAGGUGGUGAAAGUGGAGGCGGGCGACAAAGGGAGGAAGAAGAAGAGGAAAAAGAUUCUGAGCCAGCGCUCGUCCAAAACAAGCGGCAAGGGAAGGGUGAAGAAAAACCAGGACGAGGCCGGAGAUAAAGAAGAGGAAGACGAUGAUGAGGAGGAGGAGGAAGAAAAAGCGACGGGGAGGGAGAGACAAGAAGCCUGUGGCCUGACAACGGGUUUGGCGGCUGCGGCGACCGUUAAGGGUGACGCGGCCCACCAGACAUUUUUGGAACUUCUGCGGCUAAAAGUCCCUACGGCGGAGGCGGGGCUUCAUAAAACAGACACAGACGACGGAGGAAGCUUGUCUGUCCCAUCUUGUCUCAUAGGGAGGGACGCGGGGCAACAUCAGCACCACCUGGCGACCGGAGACGACCAUAAUCACGACAGAUGCAGGUCGUCCUCCUCCAGCCUCCAAACCUCAGUGUUGUCGAACGAAGGGGGCGACCCAGUGAAGAUCUUCGGCGCUAGUGCAGCCUCUCACUUCCUGCCGGGCUGCUUGGGGGCCAUGGAUUUACUGAAGAACCUUCCAGAAGGCGUUACUACAACCACCUGGCCCACCAAAUGUCCUGAACACCAACUUAGGAGAUCCACUACAUGUCCUAUCCCCCUGCAGUGUCCAGGGAGCCAUGGAUUGCCUCGUCCUCACCCGAUAGAUGGCAGCACUUGUUCCACCUCGAUCGGACGACCAGUAGAAAGUAGCUGCACGAGUUUACGCAAACGGCCGAAAGGUGACAGCACUCUCAGCUUCCAUAAACAGUCAACAGAGAGCAGUACGUGUAAUGUCGUGGCCACGACAGAUGGCAGCACCUCUGUAAACUUACAAGUGCACACAAUAGAAAAUAGCCCGAGUAAUAUUCGUAGUUUAAAUAUGCAUCCGACGGGAACCAUCAUCACCUCCAUUCCCAGUUCAGUUAUAGUGUCAGGUGCGAGCAGUGCGCCUUCAAUCACCACUUGUUAAUUUAGAAAGUGAAAACUAAGAAACACUAUUCCAAAUAUUUUAAGAAAACUUUGGAAUGUUUAAUCAUCACGACACUGAACCUUUUUAUCUCGCUCUCCUUUAUGGCCAAAAUGUCGUGAAUCCGCCAGUUUACUCAAGCUGCGAGAUCACUUAGACUUGGCUCGGGGCAACAAAGCGUUAUCCUCGUGCAACAGCUGCUUUAACCGCUGCAGUGAUGGGCGAAAAGCAGCUUUAUGCUUGCCAGAUGUAACCAGUACUGGCAGAGGAAAAUUGAAGUGUUUUGCUUGUGAAACCGCUGGGAAUGUACUAGAGUGAGGGGAGUGAGGAGAGAGAGAGAGAGAGAGAGAGAGAGAGAGAGAGAGAGAGAGAGAGAGAGAGAGAGAGAGAGAGAGAGAGAGA